AUGGGUCACGGCGAGCGAACCAACGCGCGGGCGAGCGAGCGAAAAGCGAAUUUAAUGGCACGCGACAUUCGCCGCCGAGGGCGGGAGGCAAGCCUUGCUGGGGCAAGGCGGCACGGCCCGGCGCGGCGCGAGGCCUCCCGUGGAUGCCCGGCCGGCAUCCCGCGCGGGCGGGGCGGGCAUCCACUCGCGACAGACGGAGCGGAGCGGAGCGGGGCGGAGCGGAGCGCCCGGCGCUGUACAACCGCGGCGCCGGUGGUUGUAGCGGAGGCGGGGCCGGCCGGUCGGUCGGUCGCCGGGAGACCGAGACGCGGGCGCGCUGGGGGCGAAUCGGGCUCGGCAUCGGGUUCGGGUCGGGGCUCCUCCGACGCGACGCCCCGCGCGGCGCAACCACGCACCAUCUUGUCACUUGCAGCACUCGACGCACUUUACCUUCUCUGCAAUACCAGGGACCAGCGCCUUACCAUCUUCAUGCCGAUUCCAGAGCCUCGAGUUCGUGUUUGGUGA